UCUGCCGUGCACUCCACAAGAUAUUUCAGUAACACAGGCAACUCAAGAAUCAGCUGAACUGCAGUUAAACAAGCUGCCGAAUAAUAUUAAUAAUAACAAUAAAAAACUAUUUGUUUUAUUGUCAGCUGAAGAUUACAUUAUUCAUGCAUAAUUAAUUGUUAUAUGAUUGCAUUGAUAACGUAUUUUCGGAGGAUUUUUUUUAAACAGAAAACUUUUAAGAACACAACACACAAUACACACAAAAAUCAGGGUGCCAUGGAUGUAGAAAACCUAAAGGAGCUCUUGGAGUGUUUAAGCGCAGUGAACAGCACAUUUUUGAACGGGAGUCUGGACCUAAACGACAGUAAGUACACCUGUGAUGAAGAGCACUUUAUUCCCAAAGAGAAACCUGCACGACCUAAAGAAAUGGAUUCAGUGCGGAUACUGCUGUACUCUCUGAUAUUCCUGCUCAGUGUUUUUGGCAACCUGCUCAUCAUUGUGGUUUUGGUGGUGAAUAAGCGAAUGCGGACAGUCACCAACUCCUUCCUCCUCUCUCUGGCUGUCAGUGACCUGAUGAUGGCUGUGUUUUGCAUGCCCUUCACAUUUAUCCCGAAUCUACUGGAGGACUUUAUUUUUGGUGGUGCCAUGUGCAAGAUUGUGGCCUAUCUAAUGGGAAUUUCCGUUAGCAUAUCCACCUUCAGUCUUGUGGCCAUUGCGAUCGAGAGAUACAGUGCGAUCUGUAAUCCUCUGAAGUCCAGGGCCUGGCAAACACGUUCCCAUGCAUACAAGGUCAUAGCAAUGACUUGGGCUCUGUCCUUCCUCAUCAUGACCCCAUACCCAAUCUUCUCUUCACUUGUUAGCUACCCCAAAACCAACAACAUCACCAUACGCAUGUGCCGCCAUGAUUGGCCCAAGGACCAGGUUAAGCAGGCUUGGUAUAUCCUGUUGCUGUUGAUUCUUUUCAUUAUACCUGGAGUAGUGAUGAUCAUUGCUUAUGGACUCAUCUCUCGGGAGCUCUACUGUGGAAUGCAGUUCGAGCUAGAGCAGAAGAAAAGCCACAGUGAAACGAGGAAUGGUGCAAGUGCUACCUUCUCAUCUGGCAUUGAUCAUGGUGAUGGCUGCUACAUUCAGGUACUGACCCAACCCAACUCCAUGGAGAUGUCUACCGUCAGUCUGGCUACCUCUGCGAAGGUGGACCGUCCUCGUAGCAACACCUCUGCGACCAAGCUCUUGGCCAAAAGACAUGUGAUCCGCAUGCUGAUUGUCAUUGUGACCAUGUUCUUCAUCUGCUGGAUGCCCCUGUAUUCUGUUAAUACCUGGAAGGCCUUUCAUCCACCUUCUGCCCAAAGAGUUCUCUCAGGAGCCCCAAUCUCAUUUAUUCACCUUCUCUCCUACACUUCAGCCUGUGUUAAUCCCAUCAUCUACUGCUUCAUGAACAAGCGCUUCCGCAAAGCUCUGAUAACCACCUUCUCCUACUGCUGCAGAUCAUGCCACCCACGGAGCAUCAAUGAGGGAGAUGAUGAUGCCACUGCCACUGGGGCAUCUGUGUCUAAGUUUAACUACACCACCAUCAGCACUAUGGGGCCAUGCUAAUAUCCAAAAGAAGAGAGGGAUGCUUUGAGCUUACAUUGAUACUUAAGAUGGAUGGAGACAAGACUUCGGUGGAUGAUCUUGUGAUUGGACUAAAGAGGGACUUGGAUUAUCGAGAAAUGUUUUGCGUCAAGAAGAAUAUACCUAGUUUUGAUUUUGCAGUGAUUGACAUUGGACUGCGUUGUGAAGUAAAUUCUGUAGUAUUACAGUUUUUCUUAGUUGCUUUGGAGCGUUUCUCAGAUCAGAAAUUAAAUUCUCAAAACUACUUGUUCAACCUUCACAUUAUUUAGUCAUUUGUGCUCAUCAUAAA